CUCUCCCAUCUCCAAAAAUCUGUUUUGGGAAUGUGUUUAGGAAUGAAAUCUGGCCUGUGGUAGUCUUCUGGAAAGCCCUUAGACUUGUCUGUUAAAAAUCGCUCCAAGUUAAAGCUUCUGCUCUGGAGCCUGUUUCCGAAGAACAAGGGAUAUUUAGAGAAGAGGGGUCCUCAGAGGCUGCAGAGAGUAAUUCCAACCUUCACCCACACUAAUCCAGUACUUCUUUCUCUAAAGCCACCCAGCCCAGCGCAAGCUUACAGUGAGGGGAGGAGAGAAAAGGAAAGGGGAGGAGACGCCAGGGGAGGGGAGAGAGAAAGGAGGUGGGAAGGCAGGGAGGCCGGCCCGCGGGGGCGGGACGGACUCGCAAACUGUUGCAUUUGCUUUCCACCGCCCAGCGCCCGCUGGGAGAUCCCUGGGAGCCAGCCUGCUGGGAGAACCAGAGGGUCCAGAGUAAACCUGGAAGCUGAGAGGACAUCAGAGGGGAAAAGACUGAGCUAGCCACCCCAGUGCUAUACAGAAGCUGAAGGGACGCACAAAGCCAGCCCCUGCACAGCUACAGCCCACGCCUGUUGCAGCGCUGCGGCGGCUUCUAAGCCGCCUCCUCGGAGCUGCCCUUUUCCUCUUCGGUGAAGUUUCUAAAAGCUGCGGGAGACUCAGAGGAAGCGAAGAAAGUGUCGGGUAGGACUAAGGCUGCCUUUGUCCUUCUCCCCUUUACCCCCUACCCCCUCCCGGGUCCCCUCUCCAGGAGCUGACUAGGCAGGCUUCCUGGCCAACCCUCUCCCCGACACCCCAAGCUUUGCCAGCCAGUUUGGACAGAGGUAACUCCCUUUGGCUGAAAGCAGGCAAGCUUGUUGCACAUUGCAAGGAAGGCUUUUGGAAGCCCAGAGACUGAGGAGCAACAGCACGCCUGGGGAGUCCCAGAUUCCAGGUUCUCCUCCUGCACCUCCUCUUGUCAGCCCCUCACCCUGUGUGUGGAGCUAGAAAUCAAAAGAUGAAGAGGCAGUCAGGGCUUCAGUAGUUGAAAGCAAAACAAAAGCUAAAAGAAAACAAAAAGAAAAUAGCCCAAUUCGUAUUUGCACCUGCUUCAGUGUACAUUGAAUGUGGAAGGCAGAGGAUUUUCCUCCCCCGCCCCCACCCCGUCAAGCUUUGAGCAUCUUUUAAUCAGUUCUUCAAGUAUUUAGGGACAAACUGUGAAACUAGCAGCGUAGAUCUUGUGUUGCGCGUGCCUUCCUUUACAGGAGACUUUGAGGCUAUCUGGGCGCGUUUUCCCCCUCCUGCAAGUUUUUUUCUUUCCCAGAUCUUCCCGCAGGUGGGCAGCUAGCUUCAGCUACUACAUCAUCAGUCAGUAGAACUCUUCAUAGCAAGAGACAAGGAGGCAGGAUAAGAGAAUUCGGUGGACGAUACAGAGAAGCUCAAGGAUGGAGGUGCAGUUAGGUUUAGGAAGGGUCUACCCGCGGCCCCCGUCCAAGACCUAUCGAGGAGCUUUCCAGAAUCUGUUCCAGAAUGUGCGCGAAGCGAUCCAGAACCCUCGUCCUAGGCACCCUGAGGCCUCUAGCAUUGCACCUCCGGGAGCCUGUUUACAGCAGAGGCAGGAGACUAGCCCCAGGAGGCGGCAGCAGCAGCAGCAGCACGGUGAGGAUGGCUCUCCCCAAGCCCACAUCAGAGGCCCUACAGGCUACCUGGUCCUGGAGGAGGAACAGCAGCCUUCACAGCAGCAGUCAGCCUCAGAGGGCCACCCUGAGAGUGGUUGCCUCCCAGAACCUGGGGCUGCCACAGCUCCUGGCAAGGGGCUGCCGCAGCAGCCACCAGCUCCUCCAGAUGAGGAUGACUCAGCUGCCCCAUCCACGUUGUCCCUGCUGGGCCCCACUUUCCCAGGCUUAGGCAGCUGCUCCGCCGACAUUAAAGACAUCCUGAGCGAGGCUAGCACCAUGCAACUUCUUCAGCAACAGCAGCAGCAACAGCAGCAGCAACAGCAACAACAGCAGCAGGAGGUAAUAUCCCAAGGCAGCGGCAAUAGCGCGAGAGCAAGGGAGGCCACUGGGGUUCCCUCUUCCUCCAAGGAGAGUUACCUAGGGGGCAAUUCGACCAUAUCUGACAGUGCCAAGGAGUUGUGUAAAGCAGUGUCUGUGUCCAUGGGAUUGGGUGUGGAGGCACUGGAACAUCUGAGUCCAGGGGAACAGCUUCGGGGAGACUGCAUGUACGCUUCGCUCCUGGGAGGUCCGCCCGCUGUGCGUCCCACUCCUUGCGCGCCACUGGCCGAAUGCAAAGGUCUUUCCCUGGACGAAGGCCCCGGCAAAGGCACUGAAGAGACGGCUGAGUAUUCCUCUUUCAAGGGAGGUUACGCCAAAGGGUUGGAAGGUGAGAGCCUGGGCUGCUCUGGCAGCAGUGAAGCAGGUAGCACUGGGACACUUGAGAUCCCGUCCACUCUGUCUCUGUAUAAGUCUGGAGCAGUGGAAGAGGCAGCAGCAUACCAGAAUCGCGACUACUACAACUUUCCGCUGGCUCUGUCCGGGCCGCCGCACCCCCAGCCCCCUACCCAUCCACACGCCCGCAUCAAGCUGGAGAACCCGCUGGACUAUGGCAACGCCUGGGCUGCGGCGGCGGCGGCUCAUUGCCGCUAUGGCGACUUGGCUAGCCUACAUGGGGGGAGUGUAGCCGGACCCAGCACUGGAUCGCCCCCAGCCACCUCCUCUUCUUCCUGGCACACCCUCUUCACUGCUGAAGAAGGCCAAUUAUAUGGGCAGGGAGGCGGUGGCGGCAGCAACAGCCCAAGUGAGGCCGGGCCUGUAGCCCCCUAUAGCUACACUCGGCCCCCUCAGGGGCUGGCAAGCCAGGAGAGUGACUUCUCUGCUUCCGAAAUGUGGUACCCCGGUGGAGUUGUGAACAGAGUACCCUAUCCCGGGCCCAGUUGCGUCAAAAGUGAAAUGGGACCUUGGAUGGAGAACUACUCCGGACCUUACGGGGAUAUGCGUAUGGACAGUGCCAGGGACCACGUUUUGCCCAUCGACUAUUACUUUCCGCCCCAGAAGACCUGCCUGAUCUGUGGAGAUGAAGCUUCUGGCUGUCACUAUGGAGCUCUGACUUGUGGCAGCUGCAAAGUCUUCUUCAAACGAGCCGCUGAAGGAAAACAGAAGUAUCUAUGUGCCAGCAGAAAUGAUUGCACCAUUGAUAAAUUUCGGAGGAAAAAUUGUCCAUCUUGUCGUUUGCGGAAAUGUUAUGAAGCAGGAAUGACUCUGGGAGCACGUAAGCUGAAAAAACUUGGAAAUCUAAAACUACAGGAGGAAGGAGAAAAUUCCAAUGCCAGCAGCCCCACUGAGGACCCAUCACAGAAGAUGACAGUUUCACACAUUGAAGGCUAUGAAUGUCAGCCUAUCUUUCUUAAUGUCCUGGAAGCCAUCGAGCCAGGAGUGGUGUGUGCUGGACAUGACAACAACCAGCCUGAUUCCUUUGCUGCCUUGUUAACUAGCCUCAAUGAGCUUGGAGAGAGACAGCUUGUACAUGUAGUCAAGUGGGCCAAGGCUUUGCCUGGCUUCCGCAACUUGCAUGUGGAUGACCAGAUGGCAGUCAUUCAGUAUUCUUGGAUGGGACUCAUGGUGUUUGCCAUGGGUUGGCGGUCCUUUACUAAUGUCAACUCCAGGAUGCUCUACUUUGCACCUGACCUGGUUUUCAAUGAGUACCGCAUGCACAAGUCUCGGAUGUACAGCCAGUGUGUUCGGAUGAGGCACUUGUCUCAAGAGUUUGGAUGGCUCCAGAUAACCCCCCAGGAAUUCCUGUGCAUGAAAGCACUGCUGCUCUUCAGCAUUAUUCCAGUGGAUGGGCUGAAAAAUCAAAAAUUCUUUGAUGAACUUCGAAUGAACUACAUCAAGGAACUCGAUCGUAUCAUUGCAUGCAAAAGAAAAAAUCCCACAUCCUGCUCAAGGCGCUUCUACCAGCUCACCAAGCUCCUGGAUUCUGUGCAGCCUAUUGCAAGAGAGCUGCAUCAGUUCACUUUUGACCUGCUAAUCAAGUCCCAUAUGGUGAGCGUGGACUUUCCUGAAAUGAUGGCAGAGAUCAUCUCUGUGCAAGUGCCCAAGAUCCUUUCUGGGAAAGUCAAGCCCAUCUAUUUCCACACACAGUGAAGAUUUGGAAACCCUCAUACCCAAACCCACCUCGUUCCCUUUUUCAGAUGUCUUCUGCCUGUUAUAUAACUCUGCACUACGUUUCUGCAGUGCCUUGGGGGAAAUUCCUCUACUGAUGUACAGUCUGUCAUGAACAUGUUUCUCAGUUCUAUUUCCUGGGCUUUCCCUCCUUUCUUUUUCUCCUUCUUUCCCCCUUUCACCCUCCCAUGGCACAUUUUGAAUCUGCUGCCUGUUGUGGCUCCUGCCUGUGUUUUGAGUUGUGUUGUAUUUUUUGAAUCUGUGAUGAUCUUCAUGUGGCCCAGUGUCAAUUGUGCUUGUUUACGGCACUGUGCUGUGUGCCAACCACACAAAUGUUUACUCACCUUAAUGCCAUGGAAAGUUUAGAGAGCUAUAAGUAUCUGGGGAAGAAACAAACAUAGAAAAUGAGAAGCCAAAAACAGUACAAAACAAAACAAAACAAAAUGCUAGGUUUGUUUCUUCAUGGUAUAUAAAUAAACACAUAGGAUUCCCAAAGAGCCCAACAGUGACUAGAGGAACGUAAAACUCACAGGUCUUUCAGGAGUCACUGUUCAACCUAUCUUUCUUUGGGAAACUUCAGUUGUUGCUAAUGGCUGUUGCCAUUAAAGAGCAGGAUGACACCGAAGCUUACUGAUAGGGUAGAGAGAAAAGAAGACAAGGAGGACAGAUGGAUAACCAUUACCUCCCCAUAGCCUUUGUCUCUGAGUGCUAGAGUGCUCAAUUCGUUGUACUGAAAUGUGCUUCUUGUUUGAAAACUUGUCUGCAUGUGAAUGCCUCCUCCUUCUGAAUCCUUUUCUCUCUCAACCUCUGCUUUCACCUUCAAUUGACUUUCAGUAGCUUUUCUCACAGCUUUAAACUAAAUGUUCUCUUUAGCCAAACCUUGGCCACUUCCACUGAAGACAGGUCAGUGAGAAGAAAGCAGAAAGAUCUGACUCUUUGGAAGGCUCCAUUCAGAUCUAUGUUCAUAUUUCCAUGUGUGAGCCAUAGAGGAGCUUUCUGGCUGGAGUCAGAAGAAAGGGGAGUGAUGGUAGCCAUUGCUCCCUUUAGGGACAGUAAAUAGUUGGUCCCUAUUCUUUUUCUCUUUUACUUUUAAUGGAACUACAGAUUCCAUUCAGCCUCAUUCUCCUUCCACAGUUCUUCAGUGUUUGGUGGGCCUGAAUUUCACCAUAAAGCAUUUAAGCCAUGGUGGUAAAGCUCAUUCACUUCUUUGGACAUGUUUGUAGACACUGCUAAGAUCUCCCUCCCACCACCAUCACGAAGGCUAACAGACUAGCAGCCACAACAUCUAUCUUUAGAUGUCAACAGUCUAAAAGACAUCUCACUUGAUCUUUCAUCAACAGUCAGAUUUCUGGAGCCCUUAGACAAAUUGGAAAGAAAGCAUCAAAGGGACCAGAGAAACUGGGCAUCUUGCCCUUGUCCUCCAGCAACAAUAGUCCUCAGAGCAACUAAAGGAGCUACCCAGACAAUGGUGGAGGAGAAAACUAAAUAACUAGGCUGGGGGGAAAACUACAACAACAACAACAACAACAACAAAGACACUAGAACCAGAAAGCAUAGAAUGCUCUCCUUUCCAUCCAGCAUACCCACCGGCAGAAAUCAUGGAAAGGAGAGAAGGCCAGAAGAGAAUACAGACUACUGACAUCUUCAGAGGCAAAUUCAAAACCAAGAUGAACAUCAUCUGACUAGGUGGAUGGGCACCAGUGUGCUCAUCCUCCUCUGUUGCAGUUGCUGGGCUGACUUUGGCCAAAGUCACUCAGAUUCCUCACGAUAGUUGUUGCCUCUCAGUCAGAGGGUGCAAGACCACUGAGACAUUCUUUAGACCCGUGACUAUCAUUGGACAGAUUUGGCUGGUGUGGCUACAAAUAGACUGCACCCACAAACUCAGGGCAUGCCCUGAGUCACUGUUUUCAUGUAGUCUGUUGGCACCCUUCUUUACUGUGGGCUCUCUUGCUCAACUUGAGUGCAGGAGAAAUGCCCACCUACUCUUGCAUUUGUAUCAUUCCUCCUCACUCAGCUCUUCAUUUUUCUGCUGAGCUUAAGAAAUCAAGGGUCAGCCCCGAAGCUGCCCAUUUUUAUUGUUAUACUAUGUUGAUUAAGAAGGUAGUUUCUGAGUGACAUGAUACACAUGAGUUUCCUUCCCUGAUUUCUGUGUUUAUAUUAAUAGCAAAAACAAACUUGCAAAACAACUUCUUGAAAUAAUAAGGGAGGGAGAACGUAAAAAAAAUGAUAACCAAUCCAACCUUGCUGGACAAAAAUGUUGACAGAUUCCCUUUUUGAGCUAGGAUAGACAAAUUCUGAUUGCUUUGUGAUGAAACCAUCUGGCUUAUGUACAGGAUCUCUUCUAGCUGUAUCUUAAACAGAAAAAAAAAUCACCACCCUUUUCAGUUAAACUAAGUUACAUUUUAAUAGUUCCAUUAUGUCUAUUAUGAAGCAAUUUUUGUCUUCUGUGGUACAUGGAUUUUAUUAUAACAUUCUAAUAUUUGUGUUUGUAAAUACUGGAGGCUCUUCGUUCUAUUUCUCUAUGAAGUUUUCAUCUUAUGGAGUUCCAAAUCGUGACUCUUGUCUUUAUGAAUGUAUAUUAUUUUACUUGCAAAAGCCAAAAUUGAGUGAAACAGCAGUGCAAUUAAAGCAAAACCAACUAUAUAAUUCCAAAUUUCCAAGUGACAAAACUAGAGAAGAACAGCCUCCACAAGGCUUUAUGCCUAUUGUUUCUUCAUUGGGAUUUGAGUGAGGAAUGAAAGUCGUAGCUUGGCUGUGUUCUCCCACACAAGCAAAGAAAAGAUUGGUUUUUGCUUUUUGGAUUUUCUGUUUCUUUUCUUUUUUGUUUUCUUUGGCCAUCAAUGUUCCAGCUAGUAUGAUUGGCAGAGGCUCAUCUUGCAAGCACUCUUCUCUGCAGAGUGAAUGUUCCUGGUACACUGUGCUCACCUGUGAACAGCUGCCUGGCUAUUGCUCCAUUCACCUGGGAAGAUGGAAGAUGGGGAUCACUCACUGGACAAGUCAAAGUGAUCAUCUCCAAAAAGGUUUAACAGUGCUCGAUGGGAAUGGAAUAAAAGGAUAAGAAAAAGAGAAGAACCAUGGAGAAGGCCCAUCUGGGCUGGGCCGAAGAUAGCUGCCAAAGUCACGAACUCUGUGGUUAAAGAGUCGUGUAGCACUUUCAACUCUCAUUCACAGGGCAGCUCACUGUGUGUGGACUAUGAGCUGACAUGGGAGUUGGCUUCAUUGUUCCAUAGAUUUUCUAUGCCACAGGCAAUAUUAUUGUUCAUGGAAAGUUCAUUAUUUUUUUAAAUUACCUUACUCGUAAUUUAGAAAGGAAUUUUUUGAAGGAUUCUGUCAUAUAUCUUUGAAAAACAGAAAAUCAGUAAUAUGUAUAUUUUUAUGUAUGUUCACUGGCACUAAAAAAGAAAAAAAGAGGAAAAAAAAAGCUUCACUCUGUCCUUUGGAUAGUUGCUGAGAUUAAUUGUCCAGGUUGAGAAAUAUGCUGAUGAUAAUAUCCUUCUCUGUCCACACUCUAUUCUAAAUACAUAUAAGUAUAUAUAACAAGAUAUAUUCAACACACUUUAAGAAAAAGUAUGUCCACCGUCCAUGUGAUAACCCGAUACUACACAAAUUACCUAACUUUAUGCUUCAAGCAGAUUCUUAAUGCUUGUUUCAUUCAGUACAGAUGUGGCCUUGCCCCCUUCUUUUCCUUAAAUUUUGCAGGGCACAAAGGCCCAAGCCACCUCUAUUACCUCCCCAAGACCUAUGCCAGCACCACACUUCAGAAGGUUUUCUGAAGACAACUGACUUGCUACCCUUGCAUGACCCUAGCAUGGCCAUGGAAAAACAAGAGGCUGAUUAUAAAUCUCUUAUACUAGUUGCCCAGGUAAGAGGUCACUGGGCCUCUUUCUGAAGGCAUGGUUCUCAUGCUUAAGAACCACAAAUGCUAAUUUACUAGAUCAAAUCCCAAACUGAAAACCAAAAGAAGCCAUUUAGCAUGUGGAAUUUCUUGGACUAAGAAGUUUCUCUCCUGGCUGCCUUUGCAGGCAGGUUUAUUCUCACCACUUAUCUCUUGAAAAUCUUUGAAAGCAUUUUUAAGUAGAAAAGGAGAUGAAAGCAUUACAUUAUGUAACCAAAGAUUAUAUUGUAUCUACUAAGAUACCAAAUUUUUUUAAGGGCAGGGUAGGAGCAAGCAUUAGUGCCUCUUUGGUAAACUAUCCAAAGACAGACUGAAGGACUUUACUGAUGACUGACUUAUAAGACUUUGUGGGGAUAGGUUGUCUCACAAUAUACAUAUUUAGACUUGUUGAGAAUAAUUUGGGGAAAAUGGGAUUAUAGUGUCCUUCAAUAACUGAUUUUAUAUGCAGAAUUAGUUUUGCUUUUUUUUUUUCUAGUAGUUGCAGAACAAAUUCUUAAAGCUCCAUCUUUGCAUGGUUGGAAAUGGAGCUGAUCUUGGCUGUUGUGUUUACUAGUGCCCAUGUUAGCUUAUUUGAAGAUGUGAAGCCCUUGUUGAGAAGGGGUGCAUUUAAAGGAUUAGAUUUUGCACUAGAAAGAAGGCAGGCAGAAACCUUCAUUUCUGCCCAGUUUGGACAGCACAAAAUUUCUCUGCAGUUUAAGGCAGAAAGUUGAAAUAUAUUGUAAAUGAGUAUUUGUAUCCAUGUUUCAAAACUGAAUUAUAUAUAUAGAUGUAAUGUGUUAUGAUAGCUUUACCUUUCUCUGCACCUUUAUAUUUGGUUCCAGGUCAUAUCUGAUGCCAUGUACUUGUAAGAGAGGUUGCAGUUACACUUUGGAUGCUCUCUCAGAAUGGAUAAGACACCUGGAUUGAUCAGAUAACUGAGAUCUCUUCCCUUAUGGGCCUGAUUAUCAGGCCUGGCAAAGGGGUGGAGGAGGAAAGGGUAGGGUACAUGAUGUAUUGCACUUUACUAGCUUAAGACAGAUGAAUGUGGAAAGGGUGGUGAAAUGUCAUUGAAAUUGCCUGGGAAUUGCAAUAGGGAGAAAUCCAGAUGUGGAGCCAAGUGCCCACCCAAAAGACUGGCCAGCAGCCUCUUCACAGGAUGUGAGCCAUUGGGAGAAGGGAGGUUAUUUCCUUGGUCUUCACCAUUCUUGUUAGAGAAGGGCAGUUGCCUGAUCUUGGGAACCUGGAGCAAAUGCUCCUUCUGUCAUAUCAAUUCUUUCCCCUGCCAUUGAGGUGCUCUUGCUACUGGGUGUCCGUGUGCUCUGAUUCUGGUUUUGAAUAUGUUCUGUAAAGAUUUUGAUAAUUGAUAAUGUAUUUUUCUCUGUUAAAAUUUGUUAGUGUACUAGAAAUCAUAUCUCUGUAGGUACAGGUCCAUUGCUACUCAAGAGUAGAGGUAUUUUUCUUCAAUUAAGAGUUUGACACUGGGGUCUGUUGCCCAGAGCCUCCUUACCACUAACCGUUUCUAGUUAAAGGCAGAAAAAUAUACAUUUGUCACAUUUCUUCUGAAAUUUCAGUCAAGGUUACAAAUCACCAGGGAUUAUCUUACCCCUCAAAAGAAGAGUAGAAAAUUGAAUUUUUAGCAGGUGGUUUUUUAGAGCAAAAAACUGCCUUUGACCCAGCUUUAAUAUGAUCCAAUUUAAUCUGGCCAGGAAGCAGGUAAUGUGUACUAAUUGGUUUCCACUCCUGGUUCAAUAUAGCAGGCUUCUUCUUUGUUUCCUUGCUCCAUUUGUCUCUUGGCCUUUCGUGGAAUGAAACGAGAAGCUGUGAAAUGGGCAGCACUGCUAGCCUGGAACAGUUUCCAUGUAAGCUACUCAGUAAGACUGUCAUUUAGCUGCAAAUACUACUGGCCAACAACAGCUGGAGCACACACAUAUACAUUACCUAAAAGAAAAACAAAUCUGAAAUAUUGCUGUCUCUCUGCAGGCACCCUGUCUCUCUGCCUCCUCUUAGUUUGAGUCAUUGUGUUCUAUAUAACAGAUAGACCAGGUUUGAAGUUAUCUCAUGACCUUAGCACUUGGUGCUAAGUGUCAUGCAGGGAAAUACCUAUGAGGUUGUCCUAUAAACCACUUUGGUCACUGAGAAAAGCCACCAUUGGGAUCCCCCAGGUUAAAAACACAACAGAAACAAACAAACAAAAAAACCUCACUACUCUUUGACCAACACCCCUGCUUUUCUUUAGAUAGACUGGACAUUGAUUAGGGAGUGAGUUGCAGAUGACAUUCUUACACUGUCUUAGAGAUUAAUUGGGCUGUAGGAGGGAAUAGAGAAUGUAACCAGAGAUAAGAAUUAAAUUUGGAUGCAGAGAGAGCAAAAAGAGAAAGCAUUAUUCAAUUUUUUUUUUUCAAAAGAAACAGAUUAAUUGAAACUUCUUUCGCUGGGGCUUCAGUUCUCACAGCAGCACUUGGCCUCCACUGGGCAGCAGGACAAGCCCCAAGCACUAGUGUUCUGUUCUCUUUUUGUAAUCUUGAAAUCUUUUGUUGUUCUAAAUACAAUUAAAAAUGGCAGAAACUUGUUUGUUGGAA